CGCCGGGGGCGGGGACAGCUCGGUCCGGUCGCUCGGGGCCGCCUGGUUCCUCCUCCACCGGCGCUGGGCUGAACCCAGAGCCCAGAAAAGAGUCGGUUCUGAGUUCCCUGUGGGUGUGCGGCCGCCGCGGAGGGGAACAUGGCGCUCGUGGGCAGCCGAGUGGAAUUGGACGCGGACGAGGACAUCUUUGAAGAUGCCUUGGAGACCAUCUCUAGGUCUCCAUCAGACAUGGCAACCAGCGGCUUUCACUUUGUACCGUGUGACACCAAACGGACCUCCAGACAGCUGGGAGCGCCUGCUGUGGGAAGAGCAGAAGGUUCAUCAGCCAAGGUGGAUCUCAAGAGCGGCUUGGAGGAGUGUGCAGCUGCGCUGAACUUGUUUCUCAGUAACAGAUUCAAAGAUGCCUUAGAGUUGCUUCGCCCAUGGGCCAAGGAGAGCAUGUACCACGCCUUGGGCUACAGUACUAUUGUGGUGUUGCAGGCUGUCAUGACCUUUGAGCAACAGGACAUCCAGAAUGGCAUUUCCGCCAUGAAGGACGCUUUACAAACAUGCCAAAAAUACAGGAAGAAGUGCACAGUUGUGGAGUCCUUCUCCAGUCUCCUUUCUCGGGGGUCACUGGAACAACUGAGUGAAGAGGAGAUGCACGCCGAAAUCUGUUAUGCUGAGUGUCUCCUACAGAAAGCAGCACUCACGUUUGUGCAGGAUGAAAAUAUGAUCAACUUCAUCAAAGGUGGACUCAAAAUUAGAACAAGUUACCAAAUAUAUAAAGAGUGCCUUUCUAUCCUGCACGUCAUUCAGAAGAACAAAGAAGAGCAGCACUUCUUCUACGAGUUUGAAGGAGGAGUCAAGCUUGGAACGGGGGCCUUUAAUUUGAUGCUGUCUCUUUUACCAGCAAGAAUCAUCCGAUUACUAGAAUUUAUUGGAUUUUCUGGAAACAGGGACCUGGGCCUUCUGCAGCUACGGGAAGGUGCAUCAGGAAGCAGCAUGCGGUCCCCACUCUGUUGCCUUACAAUCCUGGCUUUCCAUACCUACAUUUCCCUGAUUCUCGGUACAGGAGAAGUGAAUGUUGUGGAAGCAGAGAGUCUCCUUGCACCGUUCCUUCAGCAGUUCCCAAAUGGCUCCCUCAUCCUCUUCUAUCAUGCCCGAAUCGAGCUGCUGAAAGGCAACGCUGAAAAGGCUCAAGAAACAUUUCGAAAGUGCAUUUCAGUUCAAGAAGAGUGGAAACAGUUUCACCAUCUCUGUUACUGGGAAUUAAUGUGGAUUUAUAUAUACCAACAAAAUUGGAUGCAGGCAUAUUACUAUUCAGACCUACUUUGCAAAGAGAGUAAAUGGUCCAAGGCAACAUAUGUGUUCUUGAAAGCUGCCAUUUUGAGCAUGCUUCCAGAGGAAGAAGUGGCAGUGACUAAGGAGAAUGUAGUGUCUCUGUUCAGACAGGUAGAUGGCUUGAAGCAGAGAAUCGCCGGGAAAUCUCUCCCAACCGAGAAGUUCGCUGUGAGGAAGGCUCGGAGGUACUCUCCCUCCUCGGGUGUCCCAGGAAAACUCGUCUUGCCAGCCCUGGAAAUGAUGUACGUCUGGAACGGCUUUUCAAUAGUGGGCAAAAGAAAGGACCUUUCUGAAAACCUCUUGGUGACUGUGGAGAAGGCUGAGGAGGCCUUACAAAAUCAAGACUUUACUGACUACUCCGUGGACGACGAAUGCUUGGUGAAGUUACUGAAAGGAUGCUGCCUCAAAAACUUACAGCGGCCCUUGCAAGCCGAGCUGUGUUUCAACCAUGUUUUGGAAAGUGAGAAGCUAUUGAAGUAUGACCACUACCUGGUGCCAUUCACUCUGUUUGAGUUGGCAUUUUUGUAUAAAAGUCAAGGGGAAAUCGACAAGGCCAUUAAGGUCCUCGAAACUGCAAGAAACAACUACAAAGAUUACUCCUUGGAGUCCAGACUACACUUCAGAAUUCAAGCAGCUCUUCAUCUCUGGAAGAAGCCAUCCUCGGAUUGAUCCGGAAGACGCAGGAUGGAAUCUUGCCCCCCAGUUAACGUUGACUCUUGCUGUGGAGAUCAGCUCGUGUCAAAUAAGAAACAGAAAAGCUGUUGCCAGGCCCUUCCUGCCACCAGAGUGACUUACUGUUGGUCUACAUACGCUCCCCUAUGGAAGGACAUUCAGUACUAUAUAGAAAUUCUUAUACUCUGCCUUUGAAAAGGACUUCACGCUAGAUUUCAAUUGAGGGGUCAAGUCUUUUAAAAGACUGGCAGGUACAAUAAAGCCUAGUUAGAUUAUUUAUUUUUUUAAUGUAAAAAUGAAUAUUGUUCAAGUAGCAAAUGGCUUUAUCAGCUGAGCCAUUUUUAGAUUGGCUUGUCCUUUAAACCUCAGAUAUUUUACUGCUGUUUAAAUCUCAGAGAGUAAAUAAAUAUCACAUCUCUAAUAAUACAA